CGCAUGCGCCAGACAGUGACGUGUCGAGAAAGUGUCAAACAGGGAUGUAAAAAAAAUGAAGGAAAACUCUCUCGAUAAACUUACGAAGCUAUUUAAUAGUCGCCCGCAGCGGCAGUUUGGAUAGUUUCCCCACUGGAAUCACGCGUACGUGUCGACUUUAUAGACUAACAGCUCCUCUUCAGUUGCACUGUGGACAAUCUGUUUAACUCACUUUGAACCCGCGACAUUGACCGUUGGAGCUAACUUAGUUAGCGACAGUUGAGCUAACCGGAGUCGGUAAACUAACUACUCAAACUAUAUAUAACGUUACAGUCUAUGGUCAAACUAAACAAUAGCAUGGUAAUCAAGUUAGCUAACAUUAACAUGUAAUGUAAAGCUGGCAGUGUAAAGUUUAGCUAGCCACUUAAGUUAGUUUUAUCGUUCCUCUUACAUUUAGUUAGCGUUCAGCACGGUAUCCAGCCGGGUAGCUGGCAGCAGGUCUGAUACCUAAGGGAGAGGAAGAUGUCUCGGAGGCGGCUGGACAGUCGCAGCGGGCUCCCCGCGGGUCUGCUCGGCGAAAUUCAGACCCCAAUCAGCACGGAGCCGAUGGAAAGUGUGUAUGAAAUCACCGGAGAGCUCGGAAGGGGGAAGUUUGCUGUGGUCAAGCGCUGUGUGGACAAGGCCACGGGGAAAGUGUUUGCUGCCAAAUUCUUACGGAAGAGGAGGCGAGGUCGUGACUGCCGGGCAGAAGUCAUUCAUGAGAUGGCCGUCCUGGAGAUGGCCCGUAACAACACCCGAGUGGUCAACCUGCAUGCUGCUUACGAGACAGAUCACGACAUUGUCUUAGUGCUGGAAUAUGCGGCGGGUGGAGAGAUAUUUGACCACUGUGUGUCUGAGGAGCUGCUGCCAGAGGCCCAGAUCACUCGUUUGAUCAGGCAAACACUGGAGGGAGUCCACUACCUCCACCAGAGCAACCUGGUGCACUUAGACCUGAAGCCGCAGAAUAUUCUUCUGACCAGCCUGUCUCCUCCAGGAGACAUAAAGAUUGUAGACUUUGGCCUAGCACGCAGACUGGGUGCGGUUGGAGAGCUCAGAGAGAUUCUUGGCACACCUGAAUAUGUGGCUCCAGAAAUCCUGAAUUAUGAGCCAAUCACAACAGCGACUGACCUAUGGAGUGUGGGUGUUAUAGCCUACAUGCUGGUGACGGGUGAGUCUCCGUUUGCCGGAGACGACAAGCAGGAGACGUAUCUGAACGUGUCCCAGGUCAGUGUGGACUACAGCAGGGAGGCCCUCUCCAGGGUAUCUGAGCUGGCUGUGGACUUCAUCCGCAAGCUGCUGGUCAAAACGCCAGAGGACCGGCCCAGCGCUGCAGAGUGCAUGACCCACCCCUGGCUGUGGCAGCAGCAGCUCUGUCUGAGCCCCGACCCCACUACCACCCGCCCCGCCCGCGAAAGGAGCUGCGGCACCAAGUGGGCAGCCCCACCCGAAGACCUCGAAGACAAGGAGAACUUCCUGGAGUCGCCCCACUCUCAUGCAAAAAGGUUUCUUGACGAGGAAACGCCCUCUGCUGGAGACGGUGACCUUUGAAAAAAAUAAAAUAAAAAGGGGGAGGAAUUGAAGUGUAAGGUGGGGGUGCCCACUUCUUCCUCUGAGCUUUUAAAUUCUUUUAAGCCUCCAGAAAAAUAGCUGUCUGCUACCCGCCACUCAAAAGUACUUAAAUUGUGUUUAUAUUCUACUUAUUUGCAAAAUUCCAAGAUUGACCACUCAGACCAAAGAUAACCAGCUAAAUUUUGAGAUCUAUCACUGAUCCAUCGCUGUUAAAAAGUGUGAAAAUUGUAUAGUAUGUCUCAAUUAAUGCAGUGUGUUUAACCUAAAGUAUUUAAUACCACCCAUUGUAAAAAAUCUCUGGUAUUUUCAAAGGGCUGCACAAGCCCACUCUGUGUAGAGUGUUUAGUUGUGCUGAUGAAGGCUAGUGUGGAGUAUUUCUAGGGAAAUCUAUGCAAUACUUUUCUCGUGCAUUUCAAAUAUAUUUUCUCAAGAAACCAUAAAGAAGUUAAUAGCACUCUGCCUUAAAGUCGGAAGUUAAGUGUUGUUAGUCACCAGCCCUGGUUACUUUCUAGCUGCUCUUGUGCUUCAGCAGAAACCGGAUACAGUGAUAAGCACCUCAGCAAUGAGGAAGUGUGAUGAUGUUCUUGCUUGCAUGCUGAAGUGAAUUAGGGACAGCUGGACAGCUGCUCUAUCUCUUACUACCUGCAACAUCGCUGUAUUUCACGUCCAAGCUGUGCUUCGACUUUAAAAACAACCCGCAGAAGGGCAGAAUUACACACAAGCACAAUACAUUCCUUAUAUGUUUGCAUUUCCGUCAAAGUCAAACUUUCAUUUUCUCCAUGUGUGCAAUAGCACGAGGGUUUAAAUUUAGCUCAGGGUUUUAGAUAAAACUCAUUUUAAUAAUUUCAACCGUAGCAUAGUCCCCUUCCAAAGAACUGAAAGGCUUCCACAUUUAGUGGCAAUCUUGUAUUCAGGGUAUUAUCAAAUUUUCUAAAAGAAGCUACUUUGACAGAAACGCUUAAAUUGAGCAACAAAUCAGGGUAUUCCUGACAUUCUUGUUUAUCCUCCCAUGGUAAGAUACAAACGUAAAACUCGUAACAGCUCAUGAAACCAGUGACUCAUGCAGUCACACCCGCACUUACUCAAAGGAUUUCCUCACCAAGCUGUAAGUUCCUCUUUGUUAGCCGGCAGAAGAGAAACACGACUUUAGCACUUACUUCAUAAGCAUACAUAUUGAACAGAUUAGCGAAACAGGAGCUAUUUAUGAAAGUCUAUAUGUUUGCGUGUCAGUGAGAGGAUCACUGUGUUUUUCAGUCCCUCACCAAAGCCAUUCAGUGUGCUUUCAUUAAAAGCUACUGUAGUCCUCUUGGGUCAGGGUGCCUGAAGUCAUAAUUUCUGUUUUUGUUUUGUUUUUCAUCUCAGGACAUGCUGCUCACUCUCUGCUCACUUUGUUUUGUAUUCUUAAUGUUAUUCUUAUAGGAAUAGCCUAUUAUUAUUUAUGUGCUGGACUUAUACUUUAUAUUUUUAUGUAAAUAAUGCGCUCGUGUCUUAAAGGAAGUGUUGAAAUUAUGGUGGGAUUCAGGAUGAUUAAGGUGUUAUUUAAGAAGAUGCUGUUGUGGUCACAGUGUAAUGAGUAAUAAAUUGAAAUGUUUGACUGCAUUGAAUUGGGAAGAUGAAAGCAAGGAUUAGUUUUUAGGUGGUACUGGGAAGUAAAGGAAGCGUGGAAAUGGAGAGAUGAGUCAGAUGGUUUUAGUCAGGAGGAAGAUGAUUAAAUACUUUGAUGGAGUUGGAAAUGUGUCGGCCUUGAAAGAAGCAUUUAGAGGAAUUGUUCGGCAUUUUGGGGAAUAAGUGUAUUUCCCAAACUGGCAAGUUAUUCCUUUAAGUUCUGAUGUUGAGUGUUAAGCUAUGUAGGCAUGAAAGGCUUUCUGGGUGAUGAGAAAGUGGGAAUGAUGAUUUCAGUGUAGUUUUAGAAAGAGAUGUUUGUCAUGAGAACCACUGUAUAAUGUGAAAUACGAGGUGCUGUUGAUUCACAGGAUUUGCCAUCUUUUGUUCAAGUAAGACUUGAAUGGAAAAAAAAAAACCUCACCUCUCCUAAAGUGCAGCGCUGGCAACUCCUCUUAACCUGCAGUGAAACAUUCCUCUUUUUGUUCUGAGGUGCCAAACCGAAUAAGACCACAUUGUGUUUUUGUUUGUUGUUGUCACCAGCUGGUACAAUGGCCUUUGUGUGGGAGAUGGGUGUCUCCAGCCACGGCCAUGCUCUCAUCUGUAUGCUGUCAUCCUUAAAAACUGGAACAUCACACUGUAAAGGAUCUUCAUCUCAUCGAGUAAUUUAAUCUCAGUUAGCAGACUCUACUUGAGCUUGUUGUAAGAAUUUUCUCCAAAAGCUGGCAAGUAUAUCUGUUUGAUAGUGUACAGUAUCUCUGUUGCUACUGUAUAAGGAUAUAAGCUUGAAUCUUACUUUAUCUCAAGAGUUAAGUAUUUUCAAAGUCAGUCUACUCUGCUUUUUCUAAUACCUCUCCAAACAGGUGACAGUGUCUUGAAAUAAUCUUGAUUCAGGCUGAAAUGAUUGAAUGACUUGAUACAGGUUCAAGUUUUCCAGCUCACGUCUGAAUUUCUCAGCUCGGAAACAAGUGAAGCUUUCUCUUUCCUGUUGCUGCAGCAUCUGUCAAAACAAGAUUUUAAGACUUGAUGAGUAUCUUAACCACGAGAGAAGGUGGAGUUGUUUUGCAGUGCAGUGAUGUCAGGGAUCUCACUGCGCAGGAUGACGAAAUGCUUGAAUGGGUCGGACAAAGUGGCUCGUGUUUGUUGGCAUUGUCCGUCUGUCACUUGAACAUGACUUAUGCUGUGGCGUUGAUUUAGUCAUUUUGUACAGCUAUUGUACUGUUAUUUUCAGCAGCUAGUCACGUGUGGCCUCUGUGUGAGUGCUCAUUGUCUGAGUGGGAGGUGCUCAGCUGGCAGUCAGGCCAUCAUCCUCGAGAAGUGGAGCACCAGUAACAUCAGGCGACUGAUGUCACCCAACAUUCCUGUUUGUUCUUUGUGAUCGCAGUGAGACUGAAGGAUACUGUAGAUUAGAGUCAAACCAGACACAAGCAAAUAAAUGUUCGAGAUGUAUGUUUAUUUUGCAUUUUAUAUUUUUUUAAUGUAUGAGCAUUCUGAUUGCAUCUGAAAUUACUAAAAAAAAAAAAAGACAUAAUCCAUAUUGUAUUCUGAUCAACUGCAGGCUAAUAUGUAAGCAUCACAAAGCAAACUGAAAAAGCUCAUUAAAAGGUUCUAGAAAAUA